AUGGAUCCCAAGGUACUGCUGCUGCUGCUGCUCACCGCCUACGCCGCCCAGGGCGCAACGGUGCCCCGAGCUCUGUGGCAGUUUGGGAUGAUGAUCCAGUGUGCCCAGCCCGGGGUCAACCCCUUAAUCUACAACAACUACGGCUGCUGGUGUGGGUUCGGGGGGUCCGGCGACCCCAAGGACGAGCUGGACAGGUGUUGUGAGGUCCAUGACCUCUGCUACAGGGCCAGCAGGAAGCUUCCCGAGUGUCGCCCCGUCGUGGACGUGCCCUACAUCAAAGUCUACGACUUCACCUGCUCCGAUGGAGAGGUCACCUGCUCAGACACCAACGAUGUGUGCCAGGCCGCCGUGUGCGAGUGUGACCGCGUCGCCGCCCACUGCUUCGCCGAGCAAACCUACAACCCCGAGAACAAGAACCUCGACCCUGACGUCCACUGCGUUGAAUGA